AGUCUAUAGUUAGCACGGCGCUAACGUGACAGAGGAAGUUUCAACAGGCUGUCGCUCGUUUCUCCUCUAAUAAACUCACUAUUUCGUCAGUAAACUCGGUUUGGUGAAUGGUCAGGAUGUUCAACCCUCAUCAGCACCAGCAGCAGCAGCAACAUCAGUUUCAUCAGCACCUCCGUCAGCUCCAGCAGCUCUUUCAGCAGCAGACGCCUCCACCUCCGCCUCCACCUCCUCCUCCACCACAGCCUCCACCUACACACCACAUCGCACACCAUCACCAGGCCGCACGGGCGAUGGCGGUUCCUGCUCCAGCUCCUCCUCCAGCCCGCAUGGUGAACCUCUGCUCCGCCACGCAGACCAUCAUCGCUCCCAAUCCUAUGCUGCAGGGGGCGCUGCUGAUGCAACAGAUGCAGGGCAGCAUGCGUGGCUUCGCUAUGGGAGGUCAGCAGUUUCCUCCGUUCUUCGCUGCUGGGUCUCGAGCGUCUCUUCUGGGCCCCGUUCCAAUGGGAGUCGCCAUCAAAACACCACACAUGGGGUUCCCUCGCCAUUUCACACCGCACGCUCGCUAUUUCCCCAAUGAUUUUCAGACGCCUCAGCCGGACAGGAAGAGGGAGAUCGAGCAGAAAUCAGCAAACAUCAGCAGCGGCCAAUCAGCAGCCAGCAGCAGCAACGGCCAACCAGAAGCCGCCAGAAGCAGCAACGGCCAAUCAGCAGCCAAAAGCAGCAGCAGCAACGGCCAAUCAGCAGCUAGCAGCAGCAGCAACGGCCAAUCAGCAGCUAGCAGCAGCAGCAACGGCCAAUCAGAAGCCAAAAGCAGCAACAGCAGAGCAGAUGAAGCCGUCGCUGUGGCCGAUCCAGGAUCUCAGGGGUCUUCAGAGCAGCCUGAUGAACCUGCGGCCAAAAAACACAAAACACAGGAGUCAGAGGAGCCUUUGGAGAAAGAUUCAGCUGAAAACACUGAAUGUAAGAGCCCUGCAGAUGCUGGAGAUUCUCUACUGGAGGAAAGUGUUGUGAAUGAACCACUGGCCACUGAAGCAGAAGAACAGUGUCAAGCGGACAAGCAGACUGAUGCUGCAGAUGUGGAUCAGCCGAUCAGCGGAGCUCCAGCAGAUGCCGGCGGCUCAGAUUCAGUGUCUGCAGUAAAGCAGACGGUGGCGGUGGCGGCUCCAGUCCAGCACCAGCUCACAGACACCGCAGCAGCAGAAUCCUCCAGCAGCUUCUUCUGCUAUAUCUGCAACAUCACCUGCCAUAACCAGCAGAAUUUCCAGAGCCAUAUGAACGGACUGACGCACCAGCAGAAGAUGAUGGAGAUCCAGCACAUGAGUAACGCCUGUCUGGUCACAUUACUGCCGCGCGUCCAGGAGUCACUGCAGGGAGCAGCUCGCAAAGACGGUGAGAAGAGGCCUGGUCUACAGAGAUGGUGCUCCACCUGCCAGACUCACUUCACCAGCAACGUCAUGGAGCACCGCAGAACCAAGGAGCACAAGCGCUGCAGUCGCUCCUCCAGCAGCAGCUCCUCCAGCAGCAGCUGUACCGUCUGUAAGCUGAACUUCAGGACGGCCAGAGAGUUUGUGGAGCACAUGCAGUCGGCGGAGCACAAGCAGAGAGUCCAGCAGCUGUGGAAGGAGUCUGGCUCUGGUCCUGUGGAGGAACUGAACACUGUGAUGUUACUGGGAGAAGAAGAUGGAGAUUUCUGCAGCGACGACGAGCGCGAAGACGAGGAGAAUGGCAAGGAGGGUCUUUCUGCACAGAUGGAGGUCACAAUGGAAGAUCUGGAUGAAGACGAGGAGUUUGACUCAGACACAGUGUAUGGAUCUAGUUUUGUGGUUCCUGUGUCCGGGUUUCUCUGUCGACUCUGUGAUCAGUUUUAUCACUAUGAGUCUUCGGCUCGACACGCUCACUGCAAGACCCUCAAACACUUCCAGAACCUGAAGCGUUAUAAAGCCUUAAAGAAGCAUGAAGACUCGGGUUCAACCUCAGCAGAAGCAGUAGAAGAAGAAGUAGCAGCAGCAGAGGGACUCAUCAUCACAGAGGAGAGCUCCGUGUGUCCGUCAGCGUCUCCAAACACCAACACCAGCAGUACACCACCACAGCAGGAGGAAAAACUGGAGCCGGAGGAGAAGCUGGAGCCAGAACCGGAGCCGGAAGAGAAACUAGAGCCGGAGCCGGAGCCAGAGGUGGAGGAGAGGAGCAGUGAACGCGGCCGCGGCAGGACCUCAGCCAAGAGGAGAGGACGAGGAGGACGGCGGCGCUAACACGCAGCACAGGACCUCAGUGAAAGCACCCUCCGCUGUCCCUCCACUAGGGUUCGUGCCACACUCUCGACCUCUGACCCUGUUUGUACAGUAGUGUUUUAAUGAGCACAACAGCUCAGCUCCAGAUGAGGAGGAGGAGGAUGAUGUGCGCUUUAUUGUUUCAUGUUUAUCAGGACGCCAUACUGAACCACACACAGACACAAACACACACUCUUUACCUUUAAAACAGGACCCUUACUUCAGAAAAAAACCCUCAGAGCACGCACACACACACACACACACGAGCAGGUCACACAUCACACCGAAAAUCAUGGUAAGAGCAGUUUUUCAGCAGUUUUCACUGUGUGUACAUGACAAAUAAAUACACACAUAUAUAUAUAUAU